UCUGCUUCCUGAAGUCUAUGGCAGUCGAUAGCGAUCUAUUUAUCGUAAGAUCGAUCAUUGAACUUUUUAAUCAUACGAGUACAGAUUUGCUUAGACAUGCCGUGUGGUAGGAUGAUGCACGAAAAAAUCAAGCAGGAUAAAACAUGAUUGUUUCGAUCGAUGAUUUCGCAUUACGUAUAUAACGUCUGCAAAUUUAAAAAAUGGAAGAUACUGCUGUUUGUUGUUGGCAUUUGCGUUCUGCUGUUAAAUGCAAAUAUUAUUCUGCGAAGUUUCUAUCCCUCCGUAACGCAAUUGACGGAAUUGCACAAAUGCCCGGCGUGUUACGGGAUUUCCGCGUGCCGCGAUAUUCAUGAAGUAGAUCUCCUGUGGCACGAUAGGAAAGCGAUAUUCUCUCAUUUGUUCGGAGUCAAGAACGUGUUCUUCGGAACGUACAAUCGGAGCAAGGUGGUGCUGAAGAAAUUGGCGCAUUCCUUCGAAUUAAACGCGUUCGACGUCGCACUGUGCGAGAAACUCGAUUUCAACUAUCCAUGCUCGAACAUACCGCUUGAUCGAUUCACCGUUGAUUUUUAUCAUCUUAUCGAGAAGACGAUUACGUCCGAUUUUUCCAAGGAUGACUCCAGUCGCCUGAGGCUUUGUCCAAUAGUGUAUCAUUUGGACGACCUGCUACAUAAUGUUUAUCUCAACAAUAAAAAUGUCGAUUCCACAGAAUUUCUAAUUAAUCUCUGGACAUUGGUCUCUGUAAAUCCAGAGCCACUAAUCCUUCAGAUAUUAUCUGCCAAAAACGGAUGGCCCGUGCCGGAAUAUUUUGGAGCAUGCGGUAGAAUCAUUAUCGAGGAAUAUGUUGGAGCACCACUCUCUGACUACCAUGACAAACCUUGGCUCGAAAGGGCAAAAGUAGCAUCGAGCCUUUUAAAUGCCGCUCACAUGUUCACUUUCAGGAACGAGCAAUUUGGGUUUUACCUGACGGACAUAUCGUACGAUAAUAUCGCUGUCGAUUAUAACAAUGUAGCAAAAUUUAUUGACUUGGAGAACAUUAUAAUCGUUGACAAAAAUCCUUCUCGGAAAGGUAACAGAGUCUAUUACAAAAUUAUUCGUAAGAGUAAACUUAGGAACAGUAUGAACAUGGCAAUACAGCUUACACAUCAAUCCGUAGACAGGCCGGAAAAAUGGCAGGAAUUACACGAGAACACAAUGCACCUCGAUUGUCCGAACUGUUUCGCAUUUUCUGCCGAGGAUAUUUGUAAUCAUCAUUUAAGCGAUCACAAUUAUUACGCGAUUUGCCAGAUUUACAAUUACAGCUUUUGUCUGGACUACAAAGCGCAGAUUUAUUCUCGGAUGGAUUUCUUCACGAUAUACCGAUUAAUAUUCAGCGGCAAUAUUCGAACGUCGAUUAUCUGUUGCAACAGUGCGUCGCUCCUACCUCCUCCAACUCGAGAAUAUUUUUUGGUCAACUGCUCAAGAUGACUCUGGACGCGAUUCUAGAAAUGCCUCGACGGAAACACAAUGAAACAAAAUAGCCUGAGCUGUGAUUUAAAUUAUGGUUCUAUAUACAUCAUACAUGCCACACAAUUAUUAAAAAUUAUUAGUUAAUAAAAUUUAAGACAAUUGUGUAUAAAAGUGACACUCUUGCGCUCGUGAUACUUUACAAUGUUUGUUAAAAAUUUAGCGGUGAUUGAGCUUGUAUACUACACGAUGCAAUGCUCUUAAACUAUAUAAUAGAAAAUCAUUGUUAAACAUUAUUUUAAUAAAUACAAUAAAAAUGUUUAUAUAUA